GCUGGUGAUGGAGCGUGCGAUCAGCCAAUACAGUUAGUCACUGACUGCGAGUCCAUCUCUGGCUUUUGCGCCACACUCGUUCGGUGCUCCGCAGCCAAGCCCCGUCGUCCUCUUCACUAGCUGAGACCUACAGAGAGGGAGAGAGGAGGAGAAAUCAAUGGGAUACAUACAGGAAGCACGUGAGAAUCACGUGAAGAAGAAGGUUGAAGAAGCAUUGCGGAGCAAAAUGAAGCACAAGGCGCUGCAGGAGUGCAAGGAUUUGGCGUCAAAGUACGCCGAGUGCUCCUACGGCAGAACCAUAUCGGUCGUCUGGCAGUGCCGGCAGCAAGCCAAGGAAUUGAACGAGUGCCUUCACCAAUUCACCAACGAUGACGUAUUGGAGGAAAUGAAAAGAGCGUACAUGCUUCAACAAGACGGGAAAGCGCCUGCAAAAGUCUGAGAUCAUCACUGGUUUAUGAUUUUGAUUUCUGUAGUUCGGUUGAUGCCAGGAGGUUGUGUUCGUAAUAUUUUCCAAUCAAAAUAAUUUUAGAGAUUUCACAUGGAUUAUGUAAUAUUUUCUCGAGUAAUUUAUCUAGAAAUACAUGAAUAAUUUCGUCUUUAAAA